CUACCAGGCGAACCGGGUGGUUAUCGUGUCGAAGUUGGACCCCCAGGACAACCCGGGGCUCCAGGCAACCAAGGAAUUCCUGGACAUCCAGGUCCUCCAGGACCACCAGGAGAAAACGGCGCACCCGGCAUGCCUGGCCCGGUGGGCCCAAUGGGGCCUCCUGGACCACCAGGGCCUAAUGGAGAUCAAGGGCUACCAGGAAACGCUGGAGAAAAUGGGCCGAAAGGAAGUUGCGAUCACUGCCCGCCUCCCCGUGUCGCUCCUGGUUACUGA